UUAGAAGUUCAUCUCUUUGAUAGUUCAAUUGGGAAUUUUCGAUCCAAAUAUUUGUUGUCCUUCAGCUCACUUCAGUUGGCUAUGUCUAAGAAAUUUAUCCUGUUGUGUUAUUUCAAGCAUUCCCUACUGCUUUUAAAGACAAGGGUUAGGCCAUUUUCAUAAUGUCAGCUUUUGUCAAACUGACCUUUUCAUAUGAAAAUGAAAAAGGUUAAUUUUGAAAGGGUCGCAAGGAUUCGCACGGUAAAAAAUGAAGAAAAAAAUUCGCAUUUUCAAAACUCUCUAAAAAGUAUGAAAGUCGGAUUUAAGGAGGAAGAAAAUUUAGACAAGCCCUUGGAGAAAUUAUUAUUUCAUCAGUGUUGUGGAUCUUGGGUUGACAUAAUCAAAAAUGACAAAAGUGUUCACAUUAAUGCUGUAAAUGAUUAUAAUAAGGGAGUAGUUCUAACUUCAAGACAUUUGAGAACGAACGAGCUCUUUGAAGUUCGACUGGACAAGAUUAUUACUAAAUGGAUUGGAUCUAUCGAAAUUGGCGUUACAACCAACUCUCCAAUGGAAUUGGCAUUUCCCUGUAUCAUGCAUUCCAGAUCUGAUACGUGGAUCAUGACUGGUCAUGGAGUGAUGCAUAAUGGGAUCGCAUUUAUAUAUCACUAUGGUCAAAACCUGGAUAAGUUACAAGUUGGCGACAGGGUAGGGGUAAUGAAAAAUGACAGUUCUAUCCUCCACUUUUACAUAAAUGGCGAGGAUCAAGGAGAUGUGACAACUAUUACUGAAGGAGUUUACGGCUUUAUCAAUUUGCAUGGACAAGCAGUUCAAGCUACAAUUGUGGACGCUAAUUUUCAAAAAACCUUGAGAUUUCAUCAUCUACAUGGAAAGGAUGCCAGGAUCACAAACAACGGACUGACAGCUACCCGAAGACGACCAUUAGAAAUAUUUUACGAUUCGGUUGAAGAAAAUCAAAAUUUAAGUGAUGGUGGAAGAUUUCAAAUUUCGAUAGAUAAAAUGGAUUCUGAACAGAAAGGCUCAAUAAUCCAGAAAUAUUCAAAGCCAGAAAAUGUUGCAAAUCAGCAAUCCACUUCCGUGAUUGAAAGAUGGAAUCAGACCACUGUCAUGCAAAAAAACUUAAUUUUGAAGUCAAUCACACCGAUUAUAAAUGACACGGAAUCGUUGAAAAACUUAGUAGCUCUUCCUAUGAAAUCUAAAUAUGCUCUAAUGGAUGAUACUUUUUGGGAUUCAAAGUUUCAUAAUCAUAGAAGAAAUAUAAAGUUGCUGCAGACAAAUUCGUUAAGGUUCGAUUGCUACAAGAUUGAGAUAAAACCGCAGGGGAAUGACGAGGAACUUUCUGGGGAGAAUUUUAAAGAACUUGGGAAUGAGGAGACUAUUGAAUCGGAAUUUAAAGCACACAUGGUCACUGAUUUAGAUGAUUCCUGCCUCAUCAAUGGCAUUUGCUUUAUUCACGAAUGUUGCCAGUGCACUAUACUAUAAUUUUUAUACUAUUUUCUUUAAUUAGGGAACUAAUAUUUUUAAUGAAAAUAUUGAACUCAAAUAUAAGUAUCGAAUUAGUUUAUUAA